AGGUUUCUUAGGGUUUGUUUGAUCCAAGCGGAAGAGAAUAUCCAGAGAGAGAGAGAGAGAGAAGGCAUGGAAGAAACCUUGAGGAGCGCUUCAGCAAUCGCUGACCAGCGUCAGAAGAUCGAACAGUACAAACUGAUCCUAUCCUCUGUUCUCUCCUCCAACGAUCUUCUCCAAGCCAAACACUUCAUCGAUCACAUUCUGUCGGAUGAUGUGCCGUUGGUAGUAUCGAGGCAGCUUUUGCAGUCGUUCGCACAAGAGCUCGGGAGACUGGAAGCAGAGACCCAGAAGGAGAUUGCGCUCUUCACACUCACCCAGAUUCAGCCCAGAGUUGUCUCCUUCGAGGAACAGGCACUUGUUAUCAGAGAAAAGCUUGCGGCUUUGUAUGAAUCAGAGCAGGAAUGGUCAAGAGCCGCUCAGAUGUUGAGUGGCAUUGAUCUUGACUCUGGAAUGAGGGCUGUUGACGAAAACUUCAAGCUUUCAAAGUGUAUCCAAAUUGCUCGUUUGUAUCUCGAGGAUGAUGAUGCUGUAAAUGCAGAGACUUAUAUAAAUAAAGCUUCUUUCUUAGUGAACAGCAGCCAGAAUGAAGUUUUAAAUUUGCAGUACAAGGUCUGCCAUGCUAGAAUUCUGGACAUGAAAAGAAAGUUCUUAGACGCUGCACUUCGUUAUUACAGCAUAUCUCAGAUUGAAAAACGCCAAAUAGGGGAUGAAGAGAUUGAUGAGAAUGCACUAGAGCAGGCCCUAUCUGCUGCUGUCACAUGUACCAUACUAGCUGGAGCUGGUCCUCAGCGCUCUCGUGUUCUUGCAACUUUAUAUAAAGAUGAGCGCUGCUCCAAGCUUAAGAUCUAUCCCAUCCUGCAAAAGGUGUACCUGGAAAGGAUUUUAAGGAAACCAGAGAUUGAUGCUUUUGCGGAAGAAUUAAGGCCGCAUCAGAAAGCAACUUUGCCUGACAAAUCCACUGUUCUUGACCGUGCCAUGAUUGAGCAUAACCUUCUGAGUGCAAGCAAACUUUACACUAACAUAAGGUUUGAUGAGUUGGGAACUCUACUGGGAAUUGACCCAACCAAGGCGGAGAAGAUAGCAUCUAAUAUGAUUGGCCAAGACAGAAUGAGAGGUUCCAUCGAUCAGGAAGAGGCUGUGAUACAUUUUGAAGAUGACAUUGAGGAACUCCAACAAUGGGAUCAUCAGAUAUCUGGAUUAUGCCAAGCUCUCAACGAUAUUCUGGAUGAGAUGGCGAAGAAAGGCCUGCCUGUUCCUGUCUGAUUCAUUUCAUUACAAGCUAUGAGGUGUACUUAAAUAUAAGCCGAAGAGAGAGUCUCAUAGCCUAAGCUUUUGCCCUAUGCUGUGUUUUUGGAAACGGUUUACAUUCGUUUCAUAUUUGAUGACCUAAGCUUUUUUUUUUGGCAAAUUCAUGUCCAUACCUUUAGGUUAAUCUGAUAUUGAGAAAAAGAUUGGGCAUGGAAUGAGGAUUUUUAAGAACC